AUGAUGCCGGCGAAACGUUUGGUAAUGUCCCACGUCCACGAUCCAACUUUGGAAAUGAUGACGCAUACAAGUUGCCUUCCUCUCAGUCUUCCUACCAAUAGGACCAAUUGCUACCGCGGCGAGGCAGAAGCUGCGGUGUGUGUGGAUGAAAAAGCCUUUCUGCUAAUCUUAGAAUGCAACUAUCCGGCCUUAAACAGCCUAUUCGGCCUCGGAGCUGGCGAAUCGAGGACGCACGCCAGUCUCAGCAACCCAGACAAACGUGAAGAGAUUCGUUGGUGGAUCGGUUCAGAUGACGAAUGUGUUGUCAGAGCCAGUCGAUGCCGCAUUGAUGCGAGUCGCAUCCUUCGAAUCGAUCGAAUUGCUCUAGCCCCCAGCCUGACUGUCUCAGGCGGGGCGGAAAAGAGGACAACGCCCAUUCUUCGGCCUCACAUCCUAUUGGUUGGCCUACUGAGGCACCCUUCUUUAUUGAUCUGCCGGCAAAGACCAAUCGGAGUUGACAGUUGGAUCUUCAUUUAG